UUAAUUGUAAUUUGCUAAAACUUGAUGUAAGAAAUAACCUGAAUAAUAACCACUUCGGUAUUAUAAAAAUUAUUUAAUGAUUUUAAACAAGGUCAAAAAAGCUAAAGCUAAAUUAAGUGACGCACAAUCAGACGUCAAACACGGAAGUGUUUCCAGCAUAGCAAAACUGAUGCUAAAGAUGGAGUUUGAAGAUAAAAAUACGAUUUCAGUACAGUGUCAAGAUGACCCAUUCGGGUUUAACGGUGAAAUGGUCAUUGGCGAUCAGUCUUACCCCAUAAGGAGGUGCACACCAUAUGUGGAUGAGUCAGUAGAUCACAGGACUGCAGGACUGCAGAUUUCAGUACAGUGUCAAGAUGACCCAUUCGGGUUUAACGGUGAGAUGGUCAUUGGCGAUCAGUCUUAUCCCAUAAGGAGGUGCACAUCAUAUGUGAAUGGGACUGCAGUUGCUGAAGAGAAUCAGGACAAUGCUGGUCAAGUGCUGGAUUCACUUACUGUAAAUGAGAACGUCAAUGUACCCGCACUACUCUCCACAAACACUGAUGUCAACCAAACUAUGAGAGAUGGUGUACCAUCAGGACGUAUGACACCUGAUAGAAGAAGAAGAAACAGGCCUGAGAUGAUGGAUACAGACGGAUGGAGCAACAAAGAGAAGCAUGUGCAUCCAAAGGGCAAGAAAAAAUCUAAAAGAGGAAGAAAAUAAUACUUAUAAACACUGUUAACACUGUUAAAUAAACACUGUUAAAAGUACUACACUUGGUUGUAUGUGUUGUCAGUUCUCUAAUACAGUUUUUUUAUUCGCUUUGGUACUAUUUUCACAAGUAAGGUGUACAUUUUCAAAACUCUUAGUACAAAAAUCCAAACUGAUCACACUUGUAACGCAGCUAGUCAUUGUUUCAAAACCUGAUGUAAUGCUUUCAGUAAGUUGCACAUGUGUUCAGUCCACAUAGUCAUUGUUUCAAAUACAAGAUUAUUGUAAUAUGUAAUGAGAACAUUUGGUUUAAUCACCGAAACACAAUGGUAUGAUCUUCUUUCAGUUUAGUACUUUUAACAAUUAGUUCAUCCAACAGCAAACAAUGCAAGAUAUAUGUUUCAAAUCAGCCUGUUGAAAUUAAUAUGCUACAGUACUAAAAAAUACAUAUUACACAGUUUCACAUUAGGCAAUACACUUACAUUACUUAUAUAAUCUAUAAUUUUUCAAAAUAUCCAUCCUAUGUGUAAUCAAGUGAAGGAUCAAUGAAGACAUCCUCUACAAUCAUUUGAGCAAAUUACAGUAGUUUUUAUUUUUCAGAUAUAAUUGUAACAUAGCUAUACUUUCUGUAAUGUAACUGAAUGAAUAUUAUUUAGUGCAUGCAUAACAUUACUGUAAUUUUUAUCAAGCCUGUCUUGAGCAUUUGGCCGUAGAUUUUUGUCCACCUCUUUGACCUCUCUGUGGGUGCCCAUGCCCACCUCCCUGACGGAUCCCUUGUCCACAAGAUCUUCUUGCUGUCUGUCCUGCUCCAUGUUGAAAGAAAUUGCCAGUGUUUACACCCCCACUUUUACAGUAUAUCUACUGUAAUGACCAACUGUGGUUACCACUAUGUAAAAUCAAUUAGCAAUAAAGAGUAUUUUAUCAUGUGUGGAUACACAUAAUUUAUAUGUUUGUACAAACACACAUUUUAUUUCUGUAGUUCUGAAAAUCCAUAUACUGUAUAUUGCCUAAAUGAAAAUACAUACGUUUACCAAAUGGUUCAGUGAUUAACCAUUAAGAUCAGUUGGAUUUAGUGCUGGUCAAAUGUAUUUACGCAAAUGAGAUGAGAAGCAUAUCAAAAGUAUUGUGAGCAUUGUAUUGUGAAAGACAAUUACUUCAAAUGAAAUGUAUUUCUUUGAUGACACAAUGAUUAAGUGUGGUGAAAAAGUGAAUGUACCAUUUUGUGUGUUGUACUAAGUCAAUUGAGAAUGUGAUUACAUGUUUGAAAAAACUGACUUUUUGAUGAUCUGC